AUGGUGCUGGUGACUAGUCGUAGAUGCAGUUGCUUCUUCUUUUUACAGCACUUGACGAGAACCCAUAUGAUGCGAUGGUACUGUUUUCAUUCUUUAACUCGAAGAUUAUGCUUCCUACGUGUACAAUCAAAACAAAUUGAUGAAGUAGUGUCAAAAAGUGCAGAAACAAUCUUUCUUGGAAGCAAUGUCAAUGUGUGUCCUGAGGCUCGUAAAGCUCUAGGUAAAUCCUGUACUACUUAAACGACGUGACACGUGAGAGCGGCCCAUCACGGCGACCAAGAUAAGACAAGUUUUGGAACAAGGUAUUGCAACAAUCAGUGCAACUUAGUGCCUGGUAGGCAAAAGAUUGCCUCCUUAUUAUACAUGACGGCCCACGAGGACCAGAUGUAAAAUUUUUUAGGCGUCUAGAGUCACUACAGCAGGUGGGAAUAAAAGCCUAUAUCAUGAUUCUUCAAAAUAUCACGACUGAGUAGCGGAUUUGUUGUUGAAGCGGCGAUGGGGCGAAGAAGCGAUGCCAAGUGUUCUGGCUGUGCAGAUGGUCGAGUAGUAGUUCUUUCUGGAAAUUAGAGUGCCAAUAAAGGCAAAUGCGCGAUUCGCUG